GUGUUUUUUUUUGCCUGCGAUGAUGGUGGUUUUCUUGUCUAGCUGCGUGGUAUUUUUCGGUGAGCCCUGGGUUUAGUUGGACCGGACAUGGUUUGUCGUCGUCGUUUUGAUGCGGUAGUGAGUCUGAGUUUGGCGAUUUGUUCAAUCCAGUGGUUGGUAUUGCCAGAUUCUUCAUUUGUUCCUAGCUGUUAUGAUGCUUGUUUCGAGUUAAAAAAGUGAAUAUAGACCGGAAAUCUGCGGUGCGCGGUUUUUUAUUCUCAUUUCUCGCUCCUUGUCCGGACGGCAUCCAUCAAUGUCGGGUUGCUUGUACAAAAUUGUAGCUUGAUGACUCAAUGUUUCUUUAGGAGGAUCUAAGCCAUCCAGGGGGCAGACGAUUUGGAUUCGAGUAAAUGGGAAAGAAUGUACUAGCAUACUGCCAUAUGACUUGAGAUUUAUCCUGCAAUCCGACACUCGACAUUUAGGAAGUGCAAAACUACUUUACUAAUCUGAGGGGAUGGUUGAGGUUCACAUUGUUUUAUUUACUAUAACACCGGCAGUUCCUCUGUGGGUGUUAUCAGUAGGUAAUUUGCCUUAUGCUUUUAAUGUGCAGAUUUGUUGAGAUUCUUGAGAACUUUCGUAAUUGAAAGUUUUAUGUUCCUGAACAUGCCUGUUCCCAAUAAAUGUCGUUUCUUGAACUUUGAAGUCCCAAAUGGUAUUAAAUUUGUUCACAAGGCCAACCUUAAAACCCAGCACAACUACGAAAUACAAACUGAGAAAGUUUCACAAGCGUAGUUUCGUUAUAUACCCGUGAUGCCUUCUUGUAUGGAAAUUUUCCUUUUGUAGGAUCUAUUCACAGUAGGUGGUUCCAUUUUGUAAAAGUUUCUUAAAGUGAGGAUAUUGCUGACUCAUGUUUAUGGGUGGUGGUGGAAUUGGUAAUGGUACGAGUCAGAAGGAAAGAAGCUUGACCAUUUGAGUUGAGAAUAAUUAUACUUAACCAAUGGAACUGAAGUGGAAGCAUAGGUUGGAUUCUUCUUUGAUUUUCUUUGUGGGUGAAAAAUAGGCUGCUUUUCAUUAUCCAUGGUUUGUUUUUGCUGAGCUUUUGUGGUGAUGCAACUUCGACGUGAACUGGCUAUUCUUACGUUGUGUGUUCUACUGUAAAUUAGUCUCUUAUAUCACUUCAAGAAUGUUCUGUGAGGUCUUUUAAUUCCCUCGGACUUCUUAGAUUGGUGAUUUUCCCUAGACAGAUGGCAAUGAUGAUUUACAUUUUCUUGUUAAGGCCAGAGGAUUGUUCAAUUCUUGUGAAAGCAAAAUGGAGCAUUUCAUCUGACCUUGGCUCGACUCUUCUUGUUGUUUAGGGCUGUAUUAUCAAAUGGCUCUGGUGGAUAGUAGGUGAAGAGUUCAUAACCCGAAACCCUGCCCAUUCUACAGCAGUCAACAUUCUCCUUACUCUAUCUCCUUGAGUCCAUGAUGAUGUCAAGUUAAUUUGGCUAUUUUGCUUCAACUAUGCAUUCUAGUAUUCCUUAUAUGACACGACUAUAUUCAUUUUGCCAAUGACAAGGGAUGGCAUACUAAUAACCUGGCUUGUUCUUAGGUUCCAAGUUCAGACCACUCAACAAAAGACGCUUGUUCUUGGUGUUAUCAGUGUUAUAGUUUGUGCUGUAUGUUUACCUAUGAUAUCAAGGUCUAAAUGUUCUCUCUUUAAGCGUCUAAGGGUAGACUGGUGAACCCGGUUCUUAUCCGGCUUAAACUAAAAUAAAUAUCUGUUUCGAGCAUAAUCUGAAGAUCAGUUCCAGUGGCUGCUAAUAAUGUUGGAGUUGGUAUCUGCAUUUCACUGCCAAUCAAAAGUUUUUAGUGCCAAGCUUAUGAAGCUUAUCAUACUUCUUCAGAAAGUUCAGAACUUUUUACUUUGGCUAAGGAACAAUUGUUUUAGAUGCAGAUCAUUAAAUAGAAUUCACAAAUCUUUAAAAAGUGACCAUGAUGUUAUCCAGUCAAGGGAAGUGCUGAAGGUGACUCUGUGAUGGAUGCUAUCUUCAGAUCCAUCCCUUAUACAGUGAGCCUGGGAAGAAUUUUGUUGUAUCCUUGAAAAAGAACUCGGGGAAAAUGCUGCAUACAUUAAUACAGAUGAUCAGCUGACGAGAUUGUUGUUGAAUUCAAAUUUCUUCGCUGCACCAAUCAUUUAUUUGUUUAGCUUUGCAUUGUCAUAGUGAAGACAUAUCUGGAAAGGUUCUUUUUUCUCCUAUGGAUGCCAAAUCUUAGAUUAUGCAAUGCUUUCUUUUGCUUUUUUUGUGCAGGGAGAAGCCAAAAGCAACUUGUCCAUUACUUUGGAUCAUAAACUUCUCCUGAGAUCUGGCCUUUUACAAGCUCAAAAAUAUAUGGGCUGAGGUGCACUUUUCAUGGGAGGUGUUGAGGAUGAGAGUGAACCAGCCUCAAAACGCAUGAAGCUAUCAUCCAGAGUUUUGAGAGGUCUUGCAAACGGUUCAUCUCAUACAGAGCCUGUAGCUGGCUCUUCGCUAGAUUUAAUGGCUCGGCCCCUACCAAUCGAAGGGGGCGAAGAAGUUAUUGGUUCAAAGGGUGUGAUCAAAAGAGUUGAAUUUGUACGAAUUAUAGCGAAGGCAUUAUAUUCCCUUGGUUAUGAAAAGAGUGGUGCUCGCUUGGAGGAAGAGUCUGGGAUACCGUUGCAUUCCUCUGUGGUAAACACGUUCACGCAACAGAUACAUGGUGGGCUUUGGGAUGAAAGCGUGGUGACAUUACAUAAAAUUGGUCUCUCAGAUGAAACUUUAGUGAAGUCAGCCUCUUUCUUGAUAUUGGAGCAGAAAUUCUUAGAACUUCUGGAUCAGGAAAAAGUCAUGGAUGCUCUGAAGACAUUAAGGACGGAGAUCACACCUCUUUGCAUAAAAAAUAGCAGGGUACGUGAGCUCUCGUCGUGCAUUGUCUCUCCAUCAUCACGUGGGCCCCUAAAUCAGAGUAAAGCAAAUAGUGCAAGAGCAAGGUCCCGUUCAGAUCUUCUGGAGGAAUUGCAAAAAUUACUUCCUCCAACGGUUAUGAUCCCAGAAAGAAGGUUGGAACAUUUAGUGGAGCAGGCCCUUGUCCUGCAAAGAGAUGCAUGUAUGUUUCAUAACUCUAUUGAUAAGGAAAUGUCACUGUACACUGAUCAUCAAUGUGGUAAAGAUCAAAUCCCCUGUCGAACUUUGCAGAUUUUACAAUCACAUAAUGACGAAGUUUGGCUUGUGCAAUUUUCACAUAAUGGGAAAUAUUUAGCUUCUGCAUCCAAUGAUCGAUCGGCAAUCAUUUGGGAGGUUGAUGAGAAUGGCAUCGUCUCAUUGAAGCAUAAAUUGACUGGCCACCAGAAGCCGGUUUCUUCUGUCUGUUGGAGUCCAGAUGACCGACAGCUUCUCACUUGUGGAGUUGGGGAGACAGUGAGACGCUGGGAUGUCUCUUCUGGUGAAUGCCUCCAUGUUUACGAGAAAGCUGGCCAUGGCCUCAUAUCAUGUGCGUGGUUUCCAGAUGGAAAAUGGAUAUGUUAUGGUGUUAGUGAUCGGAGCAUAUGCAUGUGCGACUUGGAGGGAAAAGAGAUUGAAUGCUGGAAAGGGCAGAGAACUCUUAGUAUUUCUGAUUUGGAAAUUACUAGCGAUGGAAAGCAGAUCAUAAGUAUUUGUAGAGAAACUGCAAUACUUUUACUUGACCGGGAAGCGAAAUAUGAAAGAUUGAUAGAAGAACAACAAACGAUAACUUCUUUCUCAUUGUCGAAGGAUAAUAGAUACUUGCUUGUUAAUCUCUUGAACCAAGAGAUCCAUCUUUGGGAUAUACAAGAGGAUCUCAAGCUGGUUGCAAAGUACAAAGGUCUUAAGCGCAGUCGGUUUGUAAUCAGGUCUUGCUUUGGUGGACUCAAUCAGGCCUUUGUUGCCAGUGGUAGUGAAGACUCACAGGUUUACAUUUGGCACAAAGGCUCGUCGGAGCUGAUCGAGCCAUUGCCGGGUCACUCAGGAGCUGUAAAUUGUGUGAGCUGGAACCCAGCAAACCACCACAUGUUGGCGUCGGCCAGUGACGACCGUACCAUCCGGAUAUGGGGCUUGAAUGAGCUAAAAACGAGGCACAAGGGUGCACGCUCCAACGGUGUCCACUACUGUAAUGGCAAUGGCACCAGCUGAAGAAGAAGAAGAAAGAUGCAUGGCCACAUCAGUCGCUGAUACUGCUUUCUUAGCCGUUGCUUUGGUGUAAAUACUCGUAUGUUCAUCUAAAAAGCAGACAGAACAAGCAUGUGAAUCUUCAGCCAACUUCCUGGUAAUAAAUUUUUACUGUUUCAUCAUAACUUGUGGGCAUCGGGUGAUAGAGCAUCGAUCUCUCAGGCUGUAUUCUGAUCGUACACAUUAUAAUCCAUUUCUUGAUUUUGUUUUCA